GGUCUUUUUUUAAUUUCAUUGGUUUCUCGAAAGCACGUGAAGGCGUCCCUUUUUGCGUCAUACGUCAUCCGGAACGCUUCAUCUAGCGAUAUUCAUACAGUGUUCUGCAUGAAUCUAUCUGUUUACGUGGUAAGAAUUAUUUUUUUUGGUACAGCAUCUUGCUGAGAUGUCUGCCAUGUCUUCAGAGAUGGAGUCUCAGAAUGCAAACCUAAACUGUUCCAUUUGCCUGGAGUUCUUCCGGUAUCCUGUAACCAUCCCCUGCGGUCACACCUUCUGUAAAAGCUGCAUCAGCAAGCACUGGGACAUUAAGAGCCAGUCUGACAUUGGCCCUCAGUGCCCCAUCUGCAAUGAGGAGUUCAAAAUUAGACCUGUCUUGAGGCGUAAUGUGUCCUUGUCGGUCCUGGCAGAGACUGCAAACAGCGCUGGCCCCUCAUGUAGGGAUGCUCUGGUGAGAGGAGGUGAAGGGGCCAGAGCCAUGCUGCUGUGCGAGCGCCAUAAAAAGCCUUUGGUUUAUUACUGCAGGCAGGACAAAAGGUCUGUGUGCAACGAAUGUGAAAAGUCAGAGUGCAUGAACCACGAAAGGGUCAUAUUGGAGGAAGAAAGGGAAACUCAAGAGCUGCUGCUGGAAAGGAAGAAUACAGACGUGGGGAAACUGCUUGAAGAGACGCAGAAAAGUAUAAAUGACUUGACUGAGAAUAUCAAUCAAGCUAAGGUAACUCUUGAGCAGACGUCAGCCUGGGUGAACGCCAAGUUUUCUAACCUGAUGAAAAUCCUGUCCGAGAAGCAGGAGGCAACAGCGCUUUUUAUUGAGGUGGAAAAGCAGGCAGCCCUCGCGGAGGCAGAGGCGCGGCUAACCGAACUCAGCGAGCAAUCCCGCCUGCUCACAGAGCGCCAAGACCAAAUUGCGGCACUACAUGACCUCCCUGAUACUGACCUCAUCAGGGAAUCAUCGCACGUAGAAGUCCCGCGCUUCAAGGAUAUUUCCACAGAUGUGACUUCGACCCUGCAGGAUCGAUUAAACGGCGUCACCGACAUCCUCUCCCGAGUGUCUAAGCUGGUGUCUGAGGACCUGGAGAAAGCUGUGACCACCGCUGUGGGUCAUGACAGAGAAGGUUCUCCUCAGGACAAGAGGCCAGUACUCGCUGUGGUUCCCAGCCCCGCUGCUCCGUGCCACCCUGUUGGGAAGGAGGGCCUCAGUGCUUACCGAUGCUCUCUGACUUUUGACCCACGGACAGCCAAUGGGCAUCUAGUUCUUUCCCAGGAGAACCGCAGGGCUGAGCACUUGACAUCAGGGCCACGCGCUGUCCCCGCUCAUGAAGCCCGCUUUGAUCACACCUGGCAGGUGCUGUGCUUUCAGGGAUUCAAACACGGACAGCACUACUGGGAACUGGAGGUGUCCAAGCCUUGGGCCUACCUCGGGGUAACCUACGAGAGCAUCCCCAGGAAGGAAAAGGGAAAGAGAUGCAUGGUGGGAAUGAAUGAACUGUCCUGGAGCCUGCAACUGGACGAGCACCAGCUCAGCGCCUGGCACAACGGCCGGCGGGAGACCAUCCCCGGCAACUCCCAUCACAGCCGCAUCGGCAUGCUGCUGGACUACGAGGCGGGUACGCUUACCUACUACGGAGCCGGCCAGACAAGGCUGCACGCCUUCCACUGUGCCUUCACCCAGGAGCUGUUUCCCGCCUGCUGGAUAGGAGAGGGGGUCAGCAUCACCCUCUGCUCUUCAUGAGCGGACUUGUAGAAGAGGGGAACAAGUGGAAUUCUAGGAAUACUAUGAAUCAUGGCCACAAUCUGACUUGACAUAAAGAACCCCCUCCCCCCGCCUCCAAACAAUCUAGGAGCUUCUUUUAAAUUCACUUUUCUCUUCUGGGACGACUGCCUUCCUGCAUUGUUUUUAGUAGAAGAACUGACUUACUGGGAUUUUCUUUCCUCUAACAUGUUUGCCAUUUGGUUUUGCAUUGUCACUUACCACAAUGUUGCUAAGGAAACCGUUUAUAUGCAUACGUAAGGGGCUUUUAAAACGAUUUGCAGUUUUAGUUCACACUAAUUCAUUUUUUUUAACAUGUGAUAAAUAAUGUUCAUGUGUCCUAUUUCAGGUAGGAAAAAAACAGUUACAUUUCAGUGGGUCACACUUUUGAACUUUCAUUACCUAAAGCUUAGAAACAAGUGUCUCCUCAUGAGACACUGAACUCUGCAUACAUGCUGGAUUAUGUCUUUAAUUAGGGCACACACCCUUGUUGAAACAAAUGUUCUUUUUUCCAAAAUAGCAUUACAAUAUAUGCUGUGUGAUUAGUGAAAAGAUACCGACUGAGGUGCAGGUGAAUGAAUCAGUAAUACUGUGUUGUUUCUGUGCCAGCACAGGAGGACAACUUGAACACACGGUCUUACACAUGUCAGAUUUGAGUAUUCUUGAUUCUGCCCUAAAGAAAUGCACUUCAGGCUACAUGAGAAGUUUCCUAUAGGUUGGCGAGGACCUGUUACACUCAUUCCAUUUGAAAAACAUGAAUUGACUCUAAGGGAAAUUUAUGAUUCUUUUUAGCAAAGGUGAAAUUCGAUAUUGUCCUGACUUUAUUUUUAAAGUUCAAUUAAAGCAUCAUAUUAGUAGAUUCACCUAUUGUAUCAAUUUGAAUAUCUUCAGUGACUUCACUCGGAAGUUAUCUCAUUCAUAUUUUCAGGAAACUUGAGGUCGGGGUUACCAAGACACAAACCGACAGAAAAGCAUAAUGGGCCCACUUUUGUAGCUUUAUGUUCAUCACACAGAGUGAAUUGUAUCAGAUGGAAACUGAUGAAUAUCCGCCUGUGCCAGAGCAUAUGUCCACAUACAAAUGAAAACAGCAAAUGUAAAGGGAUGCUUGGGAAAAAAAUUUCAAGGCUCAGAUGUUUAGGGUAAAUAUUGUACUCAUACAUGUCCAAACCUCAUUGUGUUUUCUGAUAAUAUUCACAUGUAUGCUGAGCUCAUUCUACGGAAGUAUGUGAGCUACUGUAGGUGAAAGAAAAAUGUUGCAGGCUGUAGCGCUACUACUGAGAACACAACUGAAAAUCGAAGGCUGCGUUAUCACGUUGCGAUCUGAUCAUGACUGCGCAAACAAAUGGUGCCGACGGCUGAGCUGGAAUCUGAUGUAUUGUGCUGGUAUGUGCAUAUUUUGGGGCAGAUGAUUUUUAGAUUAUGAGGGUUUACAAAUCUUAGCUUAGCUGAGAACUUUUAGCACAUUUAAAGUGGGUUACUGCUGUGGAUUUGCACAAGUUUCCUGAAGAUAAGGAACAGCUGAGGAAAAGCACAUUUGGCUGUUUUGGCCUAAUGAUUGGGGGAAAAACUUUGUCACUCUUCCUGCUGACUGUUGCAUAUGUUUGUC